AUGUCGUCCACCAGCAACGCCUCCAUUGACAAGUUCAACGGAGACAAUUACGCAACGUGGAGCCGGUACAUGUGCGGUGUGUUUUUGACGAAGUCCGUCUGGCACGUUGUCAACCGUGAAAUGACUCCGACUUUCACCGACCCGCGAGCGUCCGAUGACUACGUCAAGGCAAGCAACGUCGCGUUUGGUAUGAUGCUGCUGCACAUGAACGCGGACUACCAUCAUGUGCUGGACAACUGCGAGGAAGCCUGGGUUGCGUGGACAAGUCUGAAGACGCUGUACGGUGGGUCGCAGAAGGCAGGACGCAUCUACCUCAAGCGACAACUUUUCAGUAUCAAGAUGGCUGAAGGCGCGAACGUCAUGCAUCACUGCAACGAGGUCCUCAACAUCUCCGCCAAGCUUAGCGGCAUCGGUGCGAAGAUGGAAGAUGAAGACGUUGCAAUUUGUCUGCUACUCAGUCUUCCGAAGAGCUACGAAAAUGUGGUGCUCAACAUGGAAAUGAGCAGCACCGAGCUUCGCACUCAAGAUGUGGUGAGAGUCCUGACGAAUGAGCAUGCCAAGCGUCAAGGAGAAAAAGGGACAACGACAGCGACUACGGUGAAAGCUGAAGAUGCAACCAAGACAUUCAGCACCGAGCGCAAUGGCUACGAUCGAGUGGCGUUUGCAGUCUCGUUCGAAUGUGGAGUUUCGACGAGCAAGGACGUGUCUGGAAUGUGGGCCGUCGACAGUGGUGCAACGCACCACAUUUGCCACGACAAGACCAAGUUCGCAAGUUUGGCAGAGCGCAAUGAGGGCGAACUCUUGGUGGCUGAUGGCAACAAGGUGGCCAUCAAGGGUGUGGGAACCAUCAUGGAAAAGGUGGUUCUGCCCAACGGUGAAGAGCGUGAGAUCGAAAUCAAGAACGCGCUAUAUGUUCCAAGUAUGAGCAAGAACCUGCUCUCGGUGCCACAGAUUAACAGCCAUGGCAAGUUUCAAGUCGUGUUUGACGGGUCCAAGAUGUAUGUGACUCUCAAGAACUCACAGCAAGUGGUGGCGACAGCCGAUCUUGUCGAUGGACUCUACUGGCUUCGGACGACUCAACGAUCAGCGAAUGUGACAACAAGUGGAACCAGUUGUGCCGAUCUACAUGCGAGAAUGGGUCAUGCUACAGUCGACGUGCUUCGCAAGAUGGUCUCCAACAACAUGAUCAAAGAUGUGGGAGUGCCUCUCAAGUCAAGUGGAUCAGGUACAUGUCGAGGAUGUCAGCAAGGGAAAAUGGUCCAAAAACCAUUCCCAAGCAAUCGUGACAAGCGAAGUUACGACACGUUUGAGCUACUUCAUCUGGACAUCUGCGGGCCCAUGGAAAAGGAUUCGCUCGGUGACAGCAAAUAUUUGCUGCUGAUCAUCGACGAAGCCAGUGGAUGCAUGAAGGGCUUUUGUCUACGAGUGAAGUCCGAGAGUGAAGACUACAUCCGGAAAUAUAUCACCAUGGUACAGACGCAAUUCUGUAAGAAGGUCAAGUUCGUGCGACACGACGGAGCUCGCGAGUUUGCAACCAACUCGCUUCAACUGUUCUACGACGACGAAGGCAUUGAACAGCAGACGACGGUGCCCAUGCUUCACCAUGCCAAGUUGGACAAGUGUUUCUGGGCCGAAGCAGCGAUGACGGCCAUCUACGUCAAGAAUCGACUUCCGUCACCUAAAGUCGUGCAUAAGACCCCGUUUGAGAUCGUGUACAACUUGAAACCAAGCGUCAAGCACAUGCGAACAUUCGGGUGUCAGACAUACAUACUGACGCCUAAAGAGAAUCGACUCAAGUGGGAUCCAAAGGCUCGCGCUGGCAUAUUCGUGGGCUACGAAGAAGUUUCGAAGGCAUAUCGUGUUUAUGACAUCGAGGCGGGGCAGGUGGUUAUCAGCCGCGAUGUCAACUUCGACGAGUCCACCUUUGGACUUCAACUGCCGAUCACUGAUGAAGAUGUCGAUGACCUGGACUUCGAAUUGCUGGAUCUUGAUGACGAAGAGCUGCGUCAAAUGGAGUACAAGCAAACAGGCAAGCGCAAGAACCGACUCAAUGAUGAAGAUACAGCAGCUCCACGACCGCGUGCAGUGCGUCAACGACCAGGACUAGAAGAGUCAAGCGCGCCGGAAAACAACUCGUCACGACAAGAAGAAGACGAAGAAACGAAGGAUUCUGGUGAUUCAACACCGCCUGUGUUUUGGCGUGCGAGUGCAAAUGCCGUUGAAGCAGCAGUGGACUUAUCAGAACCCUCAACAUUUGAAGCAGCAGUAAGCGGCCCUGACCAAGUGCACUGGAGAAAAGCAAUUCAUGCAGAGCUCGAGUCAAUGCGACUUCGCGGUGUGUUUCGUGUAGCCAAGCUGCCCAACGGACAACGCGCCAUUGGCACAAAAUGGGUGUUCAAGAUCAAGCGCAAGGCGGAUGGGUCAAUCGAGAAGUACAAGGCACGACUUGUGGCCAAGGGUUUCCGACAAAAGUAUGGCAUCGACUACACGGAGACGUUUUCGCCUGUGGUCAAGUAUGUGACGCUGCGAAUGGUGAUCGCAAUUUCCAAGCAUUUUGGAUGGCCCAUCGACCAGCUUGAUGUGGUGACAGCUUUCCUGUAUGGCGUCAUGAAGGAACAAGUGUUCUGCGUGAUUCCUGAAGGCGUCGAACUUGACAGUACGUUCGACUGCCUGGAAUUGGUGAAGUCAAUUUACGGCCUCAAGCAAGCGUCGCGAGUGUGGAACGAGACGUUCGACGAGUAUGUGUGCUCCAUCGGAUUUCAAGUAUCGGACUUCGACCCAUGUCUCUACAUCAAGACUUCGGACGGCCAUUGCGUGUUUAUACUGGUCUACGUGGACGACGUCUUGGUGACUGGAAGCUCACUCGAGCUGAUUGCACAAACCAAGAACGACCUGAAGACGCGGUUCGAAAUGACGGACAGCGGCAAGUGUGCGUUUGUUCUUGGGAUCGAGCUUUUGGACGGUGAAGAUGGCAGUGUGACACUAUGUCAGCGUCGGUAUGUCGAUGAUAUCCUCAAGCGCUUUGGCAUGGAUGAUUGCAAGGCAGUCGCAAGUCCAGUCGACAUGAGCUCUCGACUUGUUUCAAGUGAUGCAACUACCAAGGUCGAUGCUCCUUUUCGCGAAGCUGUUGGUGCGUUGAUGCACCUGACCACUGCAACGCGUCCGGACAUUGCGUUUGCUGUGGGCUAUGUGUCGCGGUUCAUGGAAAAUCCCCAAGAAGAACACUGGGUUGCAGUUAAGCGUAUCUUUCGCUACCUACAAGGCACCAAGACGCAUGGAAUUUGCUACAAGCCAAGUGCAAGGAUCGACUUCCGUGGAUAUUCGGAUGCGGAUUGGGCUGGUGAUCUUACCGACCGCAAGUCAACAUCGGGGUACACGUUCAUGCUACUCGGUGCGCCAGUCAGUUGGGGCAGCAAGAAGCAGCCAAGUGUUUCGUUGUCCACGAGUGAAGCCGAAUACAUCGCACUCAGCUUGGCGAUUCAAGAGGGCAAGUGGAUUCAUCGUCUGCUUUGUGAGAUCGUGAUGGCUGCCAAUGAAGAAGGACCGGAACUCAUGAUCCAUGAAGACAAUCAGUCGUGUAUCAAGAUGACGAAGAACCCAGUCAACCACGGCCGUGCCAAGCACAUUGAUAUCAAGUACCAUCACAUCCGUGAUGAGGUCAAGCGCGGUGAAGUGAAGCUCAAGUACUGUGAAACUGCGGUGAUGUUAGCGGACAUCAUGACGAAGGGACUUCACGGGCCACGCCACAAGGAGAUGACGGCGACUCUCGGGAUUCGUGAGCAUUCGGAUUGA